CUGUUCAGACAUAGGCACCGUAUAACGUUCAACGGAUCCGUCAUUACUGGAUGCGAUGUGUGAACAGAAAACUCGCAAUAUACCGCCGCUAUUCUACAAGAAUGGACGCUGUCGUGUUGUAUUGGUACUAUCGUCGAAGAAGGAAGAUUCGACGUUAUUGGCAGCAUCCACUUAUGGCCCAAAGAUCUACAGAGGGUGCUUACAGUUUACUUAUGAGUCAGUUACGAGGUGAUGAAUCGACAUUUUUCAAUUACUUUCGUAUGUCAAUGUCUACUUUUGAUGAACUCCUUAAACUAUUGGAAAAGGAUUUAAAAAAGCAAGAUACUCGUUGGAGGAAAAGUAUCUGCCCAGAAGAAAAACUAGCGAUAUUUUUAAUGUAUGCAGCAUCCGGGUGUUCAUUUAAAGAUCUUCAUUACACCUAUCGCGUUGGUGUAUCGACUGUUAGCAACAUUAUUAAAGAAGUUUCAAGAUGCAUAUGGAACAAUUUAAGUGAAAAAUGUAUGCGACUUCCUACAUCAGUCGACGAAUGGGAACAGAUAGCAAGUGGAUUUAACAAAAAAGCUAAUUUUCCCCACUGUCUCGGAGCUGUCGACGGAAAACAUAUCCGACUUAAAAAACCACUAAAUAGCGGUUCACUGUAUAUCAAUUACAAGGAUUUUUUUCCAUCAUAUUAUUAGCGAUCGUAGACUCCGACUAUCGCUCUGUAUACGUCAUUGUCGGAUCUUAUGGACAAGAAUGCGAUUCAUCAAUAUUCAAGGAGACAACAUUUUGGAAAAUGAUGCUAGACGGCAGUCUUCAAAUACCUGCACCAUGCCCAUUAACAAGAGACUCAGAAACGAGAGUUCCUUAUGUGGUCAUUGGAGACAAAGGUUUCGGAUUACACGAAAAUUUACUAAUGCCGUUUGGCGGGACGCAUCUGGACAAAAAUAAGCGAAUAUUCAACUAUCGUUUGACUAGAGCUAGGAGAUACGUUGAAUGUGCCUUCGGUAUCUUAGUUAACA